AUGAAAACACCCCUUCUCAAAAAAGCCACAACAUCAAAGUUUCAAUGGAGUGUAGAUGAAGAUCAUGCACUCAUUUCGGCAUAUCUAGAGUGCGGAGGAGAUGUGUUGAAGGGAACCGACCAAAAUGGUGACGGUUUUUGGGGUUCGGUAUAUCAGAGGGUUGAAGAGUCACGACGACUCAAUCCAACUUUACGCCCAAGGACAUUCAAAGCUAUCACUAGUCGUUGGAAAAAAAUCAACGGAGAUGUUAAUGCAUGGGUCGGGAUAUAUACCGAGGCGAAAAGGAAGAAGGGGUCUGGCUGCAAUGUUGAAGACGUCAUGACUGAAGCCCGUGAGAUGUGGAUAGAAGUCCAUGGGCCCCGAUUUUCAUUGGAGCAUGCAUGGAAUGUUCUGAAACACUACGACAAAUGGACAGAUGGCACCCAAAUGAGCGGCGAAAGCUCAAAACGGUCUGGUCCAGAUGAAGGUGUGAGCUUUAAACGUCCUGACGGCGUCAAGAAAGUUAAGAGUAGGAGAAAAGCCCCAAUAUCCAGUUCUACAUCUCCAUCUCGAUCCUCUUCGGAAUUUACGAGGAGGAUUCGUGUGGGAGAGGACUUACUUGAGUAUCAAAAGGAGCGUGAUGCCUUGAGAGAAUCAACGAAAGAGGAAGAUAGAAAGUUCAAAAUUUGGAAUAUAUUAAUGGCUAAGUCUUCCCUUGAUCCGGAUGAGAGAGAGAUGUAUGAAAAACUUAAGCUACAAUUUAAGGACAAAUAUGUUUAG